CGUGGCUGCAGAAGAGACCCAGGUGGCAUUCCGUCACAGUUUCACACGCGUUUCCGUUAUUAAACCAGUGCCGGUUGACGGUACUUUUUGAUCUAGUACUUCCAAUAAGUGACAGAAGUUUCUUCAGUGUUAAGCCAGCAGUGGUUCGUGAGUGAAAAGAAAAGUGUAAGAGACAAUUCAAAUAUGAACAAAUUUAUAAUUCUUUGCGUUAUUGCCGCUGCGGUGUCAUCAACUUUAGCAGAAACCUGCCAAAAACCAGAAGUUUCAGCAUCAGCAUACGUCACCGAAGAUGCGACAGUUCUGACCACAAUUGCAUUUACAACACAAUUUACAUUGAAAUGUAGCAACGGCGUCAAAGGUGUUUCCCUCUAUGCUGAAGUUGAAGGGAAAACUCUGCCAGCUGUCAGACUCAGUGCUGACAACAAGUACCAGGUGAGCUGGACAGAGGAUAUUAAAAAGGCUAGGUCUGGAGAUUACAAUGUCAAUCUAUUUGAUGAGGAAGGAUAUGCUGCUCUCCGCAAGGCAAUCAGAAACGGGGAAGAUACCAGCAGUGUAAAGCCUCUAGCUGUUGUUGUCUUGAACCACCCUGGUGCUUACCUAGGUCCAUGGGUGAAUUCUGAAUUACUGGCUGCAUUCCUAGCUGCAUUUGUUACCUACACAGCAUUUUCUGCCAAAUGGAAACUUCUGUCAUAAAUUAUUUAACUCUAAUUUAGUAAAUUAACUUGUUUUUCUAA